AUGGCGAUACCACGCGAUCAUAACCUAGUGCUUAUACUGUCCUCCACCUUCCUCCUCCUCACGCUGCUGCACCUCCGACCCGCUAUCGCGCAACCCAAUCCUACGGCGAAAGUCCCCGUUCCAACUGACGUGCCUACCGCCGCGCCACCCGCUCUUGCGUCGGAGCCGAGGGUCGGUGUUCCCGCGCCGGGUAAUGGCAGCACAGCGGUGCCCGUAACCCCACCCGGAGCAGCGGAAGCGGGGAAGAAAGGGAAUGGCGCGGGCGCAGGCGCGGGUACAGGCGCGGGCGCGGGCGCGGGCGUGGCCGUGGGGAAUACUAUGAAGGGGAAUACCGAUCCGUGGUCUCCGGCAAUGGUGGCUAACUACGGGCAGCUGAUCCGUGCGCUGAACCAGCGCCGGCCGAUCGUGAUCGUUGAUACGUUCUACCUCAAGGGCCCCAUGCCUAACAUCACAUGGACCGUUAACAUCACCGGACACCCGCGCUGCAAGCGAUCCGAGCUGGGCAUGUGUCGCAUAGACGCGCGUCGCCGCAGUCGUCACUUCAUCGUUCAGAAGGGCGGGCUGCUCGCCAUCUCGAACCUGCAGCUCAGCCGCGGGCGCCCCAUCUCCGGCAGCGGCGGGUCCAUCUGGAUCAUGAACGGCGGCCAGGCGCAGCUCGACGGCGUCUUUUUCCGCUUUAACGGACUCUACGGCGUGACGACGGCAGGCGGCGCUGUUGAGGUGGACGAGGGCGGCGCGCUGCACUGCCACCGCUGCCACUUCAUCCGCAACUUCGCGGGGUUCGGCGGCGCCGUGUCGCUCGCUAAGGGCGCGGAGAUGACGGCGGACGCGAACGUGUUUCACCGCAACAUGGCGUCGACCGCGGGCGGCGCGGUGAGCGCGAUCAUGAAGGCGACGGUCAACCUUCACCGCUCCAAGUUCAACGCCAACAGCGCCGCGGUGGGCAGUGCAGUGCACGCGUUCGACUCGAGUCUCACCCUCUGCCAAGCCAGCUACUACAACAACAACGCCUCCAUCCCU